GUGCCGAUGGAGAUGUAUAAAUACUCACUCAAAAGUAGAGAGGUCACUUUUCGACUGGAGGUUGCCAAGACAUGAAUUGGACCUUCAUAGCACUCCUCACAUUUGUGGGACUGGCCGCAGCCGACUAUGGUUGGAAAGCAGGUCAGGUAUACACGUACAGGCUCUUAGGUAGGACGCUAACCGCGCUCCAUCAAGUGGAAGACCGAUACUCAGGAUCUCAAGUAGACGCCAGGCUCAAACUCUAUAUCAAUUCGGAAAACCUAUGGACAGCUCAGGUCGAAGGUCCCAAGUACGCUACGAUUCAUCGGCAGUUACCCGAGGGCUGGGAUACUUAUAUUCCAGAGUCCGAAUUCAGCUACAAGAGCAUGCCAUCUAUAAACGAACCGUUCCAGAUACACGUCGCCAAUGGACUGGUCACAAAAUUGAUCUUCGACAAAGCUGUACAACCAUGGGAACGGAACUUUAUUAAGGCAAUCGUAAGCCAACUGCAGGUCGACACACAGGGUAAAAACGCGAAUAAAAGCAAAUUUAACAGCAUACCACAGGGAGAACAGGAUUCUGGAGUGUUUUCGACAAUGGAGGAAUCCAUGCAAGGCACUCACGAAAAACAGUAUGUUAUACGGCGACUACCUGAACAUUUUCUCCAAAUGAACCCAGAACUAGUACCUUACCCACACCUGAAAGGAGAUGGAGCGCAUAUCAUUGUUGAAAAGAAUACCAACUUCUCCAAAAGUGUGCUACACGUCAAUUACCAUUAUGGACUGAGUGGACAAGAACAAUGGAGUCCAGGAACAAACACUAUGGGAAAUAUUCUUGCGAGAACAGAAAACAUCAGAAUGGUAUUAUCUGGACUAUACGAUCGCUUCAUAAUCCAGUCAACAGUGGCAACCGAGAAAGUAAUGAUUGCUCCACAUAUGUACAACACCCAAAAAGGAAUGGUAGUAGGUUUUAUGAAUAUGACACUUGCAGGAGUCACUAGCUCAAAGGGCGAAUCCCCAUCUAUAGGAAAUCCCGGAAUACCGGAAAGUUUAGUUUAUAAUUACAAUCGUGGACCAUCUAAGCAUGGAAGCGGAGAUCAUCCGUCAUCAUCGUCUUCUUCGUCUUCUUCUUCUUCUUCUUCUUCUUCUUCUUCUUCUUCUUCCUCUUCUGCUUCUUCUUCAUCUUCCUCAUCAUCAUCUGAGGGUUCCUCACAGAGCGGCUCAUCCAGCAGCGAGGAAGAACACGCAGCCAUGAUGAGUAUUAAACACGAUAGCAAAAGAAACAUACGGUCUGCCUCAUGGAACAAAACAACUAUUUUAAUGAAACAAAGUUAUGACAGCUCAGAUAGUUCCUCUUCCUCAAGUGAUUCUUCCAUUAGUUCCAGUGAAGAAUACCUAGAAGGAGCCCCCGAUCUAAAUAGUGCUCCGUUUAUUCAAUUCGUUCCAGAUUCUGCAAUCCCAAAUCAAAAAGAGGGUGUAAAAGUAGUUGAACGGCUGGCUCGUUUAUCAAGGCAAAUGGCUCAAUCACUUAUCAACCCAAGUGAAAUGUACAAGGAGGACCCUCUUGAAGCAUGGUUAAUUUUAACACGGACCGCAGGUAUCGCUAGCUUUGAGCAACUGAAGCAAGCUACAGAAAAACUUUACUUUUCUGAACAAAAGUUUAAAGAUGGUGGAAAACCAGAAUCAAACCAAAACUACUUAGCUUGGCAAGCGUUCCGAGAUGCAGUUGCCCGUUCAGGAACUGGACCAGCUCUCCUCGUAAUCAGAUACUGGAUUGAAUCUCAAAAAGUUCAAGGGAACGAAGCGGCUCAGAUCUUUGCUGCUAUGCCCACAACAGCCCGCUAUCCUACCACAUCAUACAUGAAUGCAUUUUUUGAAAUAGUGAAAAGUAAGACAGUACAAAACCAGAGGUACCUCAACACUAGCGCACUCCUGGCAUUUUCUGACCUCGUCAGAAGAGCCCAAGUACACCACCAGAGCGAGCACAACCGCUAUGCAAUCCAUCUGUCGGAAGCUGAACCAUUUAACCACUACGCUGUAGUCGAAGAACAGUACCUUCCCUACUUGCAACACCGAUUAGAAAAUGCCGUCAACCAAGGAGAUUCCGGUAAAAUUCAACAUAUCAUCCGCGCCAUAGGUAAUACAGCACAUCCCAAGAUAUUAGCUAUAUUCGAACCACAUUUGGAAGGAAAACGCAAGAUCACCGACUUCCAACGAGUUGUAAUCAUACACAAUUUGGAAGAAUUAGCUAAAGUCCAUCCUAAAACUGCUCAAGCAAUUUUGUUUAGAAUAUAUCAAAACAAAGGAGAUGCUCCUGAAGUGAGGGUUGCAGCUGUAGAGCAGCUAAUGAAAACCAAGCCUCCUGCACAAAUGUUACAACACAUGGCAGAACAAACCAACUACGAUCAUAGUAAACAAGUCAACGCUAUGGUUAAGUCUUCAAUUGAGAGCGACGCAAAUAAUGAAUUCAAUGACCAUCCAGAAUAUGUUCAAAGCGCUCGGGCAGCAGCUAAUCUACUCACCACUGAAAACUAUGGCUUUCAAUACUCACAAAAUUAUAAAAAAUCAUUCACAGCCAGGGAUCCCGAUACUCUGUAUAGCGAACAUGGCUUUUCUUACAUGAAAGGGUUCGAUGGUGCAUACCCCAAUUCCUUUACGUAUAAUUACCAACAAAGAACUGGAGGAUAUUACAAUGAACCUCAGACCGUAUCAUUCAUGUCUUCUACCUCAGAAGGUUUAUUAAACCUUUUUUUUAAACAAUUUCAACAAAGAUAUUAUGAGAAAAUGCCAUCUAAACAAGGGACGAAAACACAAUACUCAUACAGCAAAAUAAAUGAUAUUCUUAAUGUAGAAUAUGAUGAUCCAUUACAAGUAGAAGCUAAUAUCUUCUUCUCAAUCUUUGGAGGGGCGAGAUAUUAUACCUUUGAUAACCACACUAUCGAACAGAUACCUGAAUUUAUCAAGUACUUGAGUGAGAAACUGCGCCAAGGUUUCAACUACCAAGAAAGCAAGUUCUACAGUCCAAACACUGUCGAAAUUGGUUUUCCCAUGGUCACAGGUGUACAAUUUUCUUAUUCGUACGAAGAGCCAACAGUGGCGUAUGUGGCUGUUCAAGGUAAAGGCCGUUUCGAUCAGGACAAUGAAUGGCAAGAUUAUAACCGAGUGCCAAUUAGCGCAUCAACUGACGGAAAAUACCAAGCAGUAUGGUCACAAAUGAAAACUGGAAAGUUGGGAUUCAUAGCUCCAUACAGUGAACAAAGGCAUCUUGCUAUAGUUAAUAAAAGGGUACAAUUUUAUGUACCCAUGGAAGGUCAAUUUGAAUACUAUGGACACAACAAUACCUUCAGGGCUAACGUUCGCCCUUACAGUUCAGUCAAAAGUCCGCAAAAUCUUUUCCAAUACAGUACCAGAAUGUACACUAUGUAUCAAAAUUACCAAGAUUUUAACGAGUACAGCAAAGGAAAGAAUGUUCAGAAAGUCCAUGCUAGACAAAACAGAACAUAUGAAGCUAAAGUUGGAAAAGAUUUCACCGGCUAUGAAUUCAAAGUAGAAGCUCAAAGUGAAAAUGGUUUUGCUGAAGUUUUGCGAGCUUACAACGCUUUCAAGAAGCAAGAUUACAGUUACCUCGCAUCUUCUUUCUUCCAUGAUCUGACGCAUGGUCUUUACAACAACUAUUACGCUAUAAGCUACAAUCCUCAGAACAGCUCUCCACAACCAACAGAGUUUUCAUUUUACUACAACUCAACAGUGCGAGGAACAGAAUACAAGUCAAGAGAUCAAAAUGUCAGGCGUAUUCACAAGAAACCACAAUCUGGCAAUUUGGCUCAACUGUCUGAUGAGGAAUAUAGAAUUGACGAACUGGCAGCCAAUGCACUUUCAGGAAUACAAGACGGAGAAGCCAGUGUAUUAGAUGCAUAUGUAUCCUUUGCUGGAAAGCAGGAUAAUGGAAAAUAUUAUUUCACUACAGCUUAUGCUGACAGCCCUGUUUCUGACAAAUCGCGCUUCCUUGCGUUCAUCACCGGCAGACCAUACCAAGAAUCCCAACAAGCUCAAUCCUUCCAGGCGGCAGUCCAUGUAGACUUCAAACAGCCUCGAGUACCAAUCUUCAAUUACAAGCAGGCCUAUGAAGCCAACCCAACAUCUUACUUCCAAGGACGUGUUUACUUUGACCCAAGUGGAAGUUCUAAAAUAGAGUUUGAGGGAAAAAUGCAACAGACUGAAGCGCGAAAACAAUACUUGAAGCAGCAUCCUUACUCAUCCGUCUGUGAAAAACAAAUGCAGCAAGGCAACUACAUCCUUCCAGCGUGCUAUAACGCCAGCCAAUUUGCUAAUGUAUUGGACAAAUAUGAUGUUUCAGUUAAAUACCAGAAUCUUCCUCUAUUCGUACAGAAGGCUUCCUAUCAAUUGUAUGACACCGCACGUUACUGGGGAUACCAAUACAUCCAAGAAAACUUUUUUGGAGUUAACAAUCCAGAAGGCACAUUGAAAAUGUCACUGAAAUAUUCACAAAAUCUAAAUAACUUCAACUAUUCAGUGGAGACUGAAUCAUUCAAUUCUUACUUUGAAAAUGUUACCGUCAACCACUUAGUUCAGCCAUUCAUAACUCAUUCCCCAGCAUACAAUCAGCUAUACUGGUAUUCACCACAUUACUACUACAGCACACCUUAUGCUACUUGUGCUAUCGACAGCAAUGCAGCCUCUACUUUUAACAACAGAACUUAUCCCAUCAGGCUUGGAAAUUGUUACCAUGUAAUGGCAAUGUCGACUCGGGGCAAAUAUCAGCAAGAGAGCCAGGAAUCUUCAGAAUACCAGAACUAUCAAGAUGAGUUUGUAGUACUUGUCAAGGAACCUGCUCCACAGAAGAAGGCAGUGCAAGUCCUCUUUGGCGAUAAUGUUAUUACCUUAGAACCAACAGCACAGGCUGGCGUUACUGUUAAAGUCAAUGGAGAUAACGUCGCAUUCUCUGACAGCAAAGUAACCAGAGUGGAAUAUGGCCCAUACAAAUUUGAGUGGUAUGCCCUUCCGGGUAAAAACAACGUUGUCAUGAUUUUCUACGAUCAAUAUUCCCAGUCAGAGCCUAACCAGCUCUACUAUGAUGGCCGUCGCGCAUUACUAUCAAUGCCUAACAGCUUUAGAAAACAACUUAUCGGCCUUUGCGGACCCUUCGAUGGUGAACCUUCCAACGAUUUCACUACCUCAGGUAACUGCGUAGUGAGGGACUAUGAGCAAUUCAUAGCUUCUUACGCAGUUGCUGAUGAAUCCUGCAAGGGUCCAUCAAAGGAAUACCUUAGUCAACCCAAGAAUGAACAAUGCUACCACAGGGAAGUAGUUUACGGUGACGUUGUAUCUGAUGCUGAAGCUGGCCGACGAACCAGGUUGACCACAUCACGCAACAACACUGUUGGAGGUAAACAAGGUAACAAAGGUCAAUCAGGAUGCACUGUGAUCUUCCGUCCUCAUGUUUUCAAUGACGGACAAAACACCUGCUACACUCUUCAACCCCAACCCGAGUGCCCCUUCCACUGUAAAGCAACCAGCAAUGUAGAGAGAACUACUGGUGUCCACUGCAUACCAUCGACCGACGGUCUCGCAGUUCACUGGCAGAGCCUAAUGCAGAAAGGAGCUAAUCCUGAUUUCAGCCAAAAGACUUCAACUAAAACAAUAAAGAUCCUUGUUCCAACAUCUUGUGAAGCCAAAUGAAUAUUAUAAAAUUAUGUUCAAGAUAAAUAAAUAAAUAGAAAUAUUGAUAAUAUCUAUUUGUUUUGU